GUUUCCCAGGCGCAAAAAUCGGGCGCAGAUGGCCAUUGUAGCCUUUAGAGAUCGAUUUUUUGCUUGAUUCGCAUCACUGUGGCACUGGUGCGUCCCUCUGCUCGCGCUGGACGACUCUUGGCGCAGUGUUACCGGCUCCACCGAGUGCUGCUGCAGCCCUGCAGCCAAGCGGUGCCGCGAGAUGAUGCGAUCAGUCAUCCUUCUCAUAGCAAGCGCACUGGCAGCACCGAAACAGCACUCCAAUGCCGCCGCGCGCAUACGUCGCGCCGCUCGAAACCGCGCGGCCGCUGACGUCGGCAUCGACCUGCUACCACUACAAGGCAAGCUCGCAAUCGUGACCGGCGGCGGCCGCGGCAUCGGCGCAGCUGUGGCAAGAGCGCUGGCGCAGCGAGGCUGCCGCGUCCUGAUCACCUACCGAAGCAACGUCGACGCUGCGGCCGACACAAUGCUCUCGCUCCCUGGAGACGGCCACGACGCGCGGCAAUGCGACGUGACGGAUGCCGACGCCGUCGCGCAGCUCUUCGAGGACCUCGGAGAGAGCGUUGAUAUUGUCAUUAAUAAUGCCGCGAUAUACGAAGAGUCUCAUUUCCUCGACAGCACGUUUGACGACUGGCAACGAGUAUGGCGCGAUACAAUCGAUGCGAAUCUGGUCGGCCCGGCCAACGUCAUAUUCCACGCGGGGCGAAGUAUGGCGCGACGCGGCGGCGGCGUUAUCGUGUGCGUGAGCAGUCGCGGGGCCUUUAGAGGCGAACCCACGGCGCCGGCCUACGGCGCGAGCAAAGCGGGCCUCAACCAGCUCUCGCAGAGUGCCGCCAAAGCUCUGGCUCCGUCGAAUGUUGUUGUAGGCGUCGUGGCCCCGGGCUUUGUGGACACGGCGAUGGCCGCCGAGGUUUUGAAUGGAGAGAGAGGAGACGCCAUCCGCGGCGACAGCCCGUUCAACAGGGUCGCGAGCGCCGACGAGGUCGCCGAGGCGGUCCUCUACUUCACUCAUACAAACGCGAAGUGGAGCUCCGGCGCGAUCAUCGACGUGAACGGUGCGAGCUAUCUAAGAUCAUAAACA